AUGCCUCGCAAGCGAGCCAAGCUCUCGGUGCGGCAGACGCAGCGCGAGGCGCUGGGACAUGACCUGCCCCCUGGACCCAAGCGCGCACGCGACGAUACGCCACGCAAGGCACUCGCGCUCUUUCGGCCGCCGCCACCGCGGUCAAAGGCGGACGAGCCGCCCCAGCGCACCGAGGCGCCGCUGCAGAUCCGACCAGGCGAGAAGCUGCGUGACUUUAACGAACGUGUUGAGCAGGCAUUUGCAGGUGACCUGAAUCGGACAAUGCGCGCUGAGCUGCGCUCGGAGUCAAAUCAAAAGAAGCGACAGCGUCGACGUGAACUCCUCAAGGCGAAAAAACGGGCAGCAGAUCCACAGGCCGCCCGUGCCGCCGAGGAGGCAGCUGACUUUGAACGUGCAAGCCAGUCGCGCUCUCUCCACGAUGUCGCACAGGCGCCGCCCACAAUCACGGCGCGUCCCAAGGAGCGGCUGAAACGCAAGGCGCCCGCGCUGGUCGAAGCGCUUGCGCAGCGUCCCAAGCCGUCCGCUGCGCGCCAGCGCAUCCUUGACGAAGAGCGCCAGCGCGUCAUCGCACAGUACCGGUCCAUGAAGGGUCGAUCCUAA